ACCAUGGCGGCCACAUGGGGCGUUCUCGUGACCUUUGCACUCGUGACCUUUGUGCUGUUCCAAACUACCGGAGCUGCGUGCCCGAAAGGAUGCCUGUGUCAGCCUACAACAACCCAUCCCUUUUUGGUCACCUGUACUGGGGGAAACAUCAUGAACAUUCCAAGCAAUCUACCCCCAAACAUCACAUCCCUCACCCUGACAAGUACCGGCAUCACCGAGGUCCGAGCCACUGAUCUCAAGGGUCUAACAAGGCUUACCCGACUCCUACUGCCAAGUAACAAGAUUUCAACCAUCGAGUCAGGUGCCUUGGACGAUCUCGCUCACCUUGAGUUCUUCGAUAUUUCUGGUAACGCUCUAACUGCGUUACCGUCGGGCCUCUUUAAAAACUGCCCGAUUCUCAUGCAGUUAAAUAUGGGGUCAAAUCAAAUUUCAACUCUGUCAGAAAGCGACCUCUCAGGUUUGACUCACUUAGAGUUCUUAGACCUGGGUGAUAACCAGAUCACUUCUAUUGGGGCGAGGGUGUUUCAGGAUCUAGAUAAUUUGAACCGUCUCGGCUUGAGUGGUAACAAUCUGACCGACCUUGACUCUACGCUGUUCGAGUAUACGCCAAAACUGUUCAGUCUAGACCUUAGUGAUAACCAGAUAACAAAGAUUUCCAAGAGCCUGUUUUCCAAUGCUAAACAUCUGAACCAAAUCGUUCUCAGCAACAAUAUGAUAUCCAUGAUCGAAGAUGGCGCCUUUGAGGCAUCCAACCUCAAUACCCUCAAUAUUCAACUGAAUAACAAUCAGUUGACGUCUAUCACUAAGAAUACCUUCAAGACAGGGGGAAAGGAAGGCAUAUCAUCCUUAACCCUUAAUGACAACAAGAUAGCAACCAUUGAAGCAGGGUCAUUUGAUCACGCUAAGUUCCUUAGAACACUAGAUUUGUCGCAUAACGAGCUUACAACUGUCCCCGCUGGCCUAAUGUCGGAAAGUGUGUCUCUCAGCCUGGUCAGCUUCGAGUUCAAUAAACUCCAGUCUUUCCCUAAGGGCGUCUUCGGUACAACAACUAGAGUAGAGACGCUCAAUCUAGCCAACAACCAACUGACUGAGGUUGGAGAUGGUGCCCUGGACGUGUAUUACUUGCAGGAAGUCGAUCUCAGCUACAACAUGCUGAGUGAAAUUUCCUUUUCCGGGCUUAAAAACGUCCAAACAAUCUCUCUAAACAACAACAAGUUAAAAGCUCCCCCAACCGGCCUUAGCGACGCGGCGUUUCUAAUGACGUUAGAUCUGUACGACAAUGACAUGGAUGAGAUUCCCGCCCAUGCUUUUGAAGGGUUAGAGAGGCUUUCUCGUUUGAACCUUGCAAAUACUCUUAACGUGAACGGCACACUUAACGCCCAGGCCUUUUGCAACCUCCCUUCCCUGCAAUCUCUGGUUUUAGACGAGGAUCAUUUGCAGUCUGUUCCCUCCGAAGCGUUGAAUUGCCUGUCUAAUUUGACCUCGUUAACCCUGUCUUAUAAUCAAAUCAAAAACAUCACGACCGACUUUGGCAAAUCUGCCAACCUUUCUGCGCUAUUCCUAAAAGGUAAUGGCGUCAGUAUGGUUCCUACGAACAUGCUUAUGUCUUACGUCAAUCUAAGUCGGAUAGAUAUGAGUUCUAACUUAAUCACCCACCUGUCUAGCAAUUCUUUCCCAAAUACCAAGUUAACGACCCUCGUGUUGGACGGUAACCGCAUCAGCUUUAUCGAAAGUGGUGCUUUUGUUGGCCUGUCUAGUUUGGAAACGGUUAACCUUGCCAACAAUCAAGCCAGCUAUCUGCCUGGUAACAUUUUCUCGGGCUUCAAAAACUUGAGCAAAGUGUCCCUUGACAACAACCCCUGGGCAUGUGAUUGUUUAAUGAAGGAUUUCGCCCGCUGGCUUAACAUGUCAGACCCAAUGCUCGAGAUUGAAGUUGAAUGCCGCUCUCCUUCUAAGUACUUCGGAAAGAAGUUACGUGACUUGGACGUUGAUGAACUCACUUGUGACGACUGCAAACCACAAACAUCCGCACCAAAGAUCGACCAAUCAGGGGGGCAGGUGCAAGGUACUGUGGGUAAAGACACAGUCCUGACGUGUAACGUGACGGCCUGUCCUCAGGCAGAAAUCUUCUGGACAAUUCCACAGUCUCCAGGAGUAGAGCUGUCCAAGUAUUCCUACCAAUAUAAUAAGUUUCGAGUUAACUAUGAGGAUGGAAGCCUGACAGUGGCUGACACAAUGGCGAGUGAUGCCGGAGAGUAUCACUGUAAGGCACUCAAUGGCUUAGGCUCUGACUCCAAGGAUGUGCAACUGACAGUUAUGUAGAUGGAAAACAGACAAAAUUUCCUAAGCAUCACAAACUACUAGUAGUAGAAAGAAUUGUAAAGAAUUGCAUUGCUAGUAUGAAUUUAUAUCAGACCGUGCUCUUAAAUUGUAUGCGCAUAUAUCACUGUCUCUAGUCAGCAAAUAGGUUUUGUAGCAUUAGUUUAAAAUUUGUUUUCUGCUAAGUGCCAUUUUAGCAAUGUUUUGAUGUUCUAUCUUGAAAAUAAUGAUACUUUUUAACAUCAUAUAAAGAUGAGUCUUUUUCCUAUUGUAAUAAGGACAAUGGUGAUGUUUUAAUUCAAAGGAUUGGAAAACCACUCAGUUUCUGAGAAAUUUUGAACUGUUUGUCAGUAAAUCAAACGUAGUGCACUGUAUGGUGUCAACUUUUCAUAAUGGAUUUCUGCUUUGAAUACAGAUAUUGAAACCACACAUCAAAAGGAGUAUUUUUUCUAUAUAUCAUAUAUAUGGGGCUAGGCGUGAUUAAUCGAUAUAUUUUUCCUAUUAGGAUUCCACAGGAGACCUUGUUCUUCAUUUUAACUAAAACAAGAUGAAAUCCUUGCUAUAGUAAUCUGUCAAGUUGCGCGACAUCUCUA